AUGUCCACCGCCGGGCCCGCCAGGCCUCCCGACGGGGCCACCGCCCUCUGGGCCAUGUGGCCUUGGGCCUCCAAGAAUUACGCUGCCGUGUGCGAGGGAGAUGUCUUCUCCGUGCUCUUUGGACUCAGGCACGUCGUCCGCAACUUCGAGUUCGCACCCGUCGACGGGGCGGUAUGCCUCGAAGAGCCUGGCUUCCCACCGCAGGCUACGUACGCGCAGAGGCUCCUCUCCAUCCGCCAUCGCAUGCUGAAGGACCCCCACGCAUGCCGCUUUGUUCAGUUUGAUGUGAAGAGCACCACCGGGCUAGAAGCGGGUUCGCAGACAUCCCUCACAGCCGUCAGACAGCACCGCAAGACCGCCUUCUGGAUCAUCGUGUGCGCGAGCGAUCCCAGCUUCGUUUCGCUGAUACCCAACAUACCUACGAUGCGUCGGCGGCGUGAAGGAGAACACCUCUUCGCUGUCAAUUCUACGAGGCGGCUUGCCGUCAGCGGUAUCGCGUAUGGCUACCUGGACCCCGAACAUGCAGCCCAUCGCAUGCCUCUUGGUCUCCUGCAGACCGCCGUGGAGAGGGUGCGCGCAUGCGCCAUCGCAAGCGCAUCCGGUGACAGGCAGGACUACGUGAAUCCGUGGACGGGGGUGGCGUACCGCGGCUGGGUGCCGGCAAUCACGGAGUCGACGGACGACAUGUGGCCGCGCGAGGACACGGAGCACUCCGGCGCAUCCCUCGGGAUCCUGGCGCUGUGGCGGGAGCUGCGUCUGGCCAGCGGCGACGGCGAGGACGUCCAGUUCGACAUGGUGGGCCUGCAGCCGCGCCUGGCCGACAUGAAGGUCGUCUUCAAGCAGCGGCAGUGGCUGAUCCAGUGCAAGAGCGACACCCAAGAUCGUCAACCGGGCCAGUUCGGCGACGUUGCCAUCGCCCGCGAAGGGGAUAGGUACGCAGGCCGUCGCGGGGACGACGGCGAAGCGCCGUGCUCCAUCCACCACUUUUUCUCCUCGCACGAUCGGUUCGACUUUUUGCUGUACGACUUCCGCUUCGACGGCGGUGAGCAACCGCUGACGACGGGCUUCUUCUUCCUCCCAGAGCGCGUGCUGCCAGACGAGUUCUUCACAUCGUCGGACCAGACGAUCGAGGCCAGCUUCGCCCGCGAGGAAUUUCUCAGGUACUACAUGACGAUUGAGGAGAACGGAGACUGGGCGAGGCACAUUUUGGACGUCAUCGACGAUAAUCCGGCACCCCGUCGGGCGUCUCGACCGCACCGCGAGUGCGCGGUGCGCCGUCCGCUGGCCUGGAGGGUGGUGUCCCGCUUGAAGCAGCUGCAGAUGCCCGGGCUCGCGCCGGAACAGCGAUUGCCCAACACCGCUGCUGCCAUCUGCCACAGGCGGCUCUUCCGCGGCGUGCUCGACCAGUGCGCAACGAGACUGUCCGGCAUCAUCGUCGUCUUCGCCUAUAGACACGCCGCCUGCGAUUUCGCCUUCGCCCCUUAUGCGUGGACAGCCUCGGAGAGGGACGCAUACUGGACGACGGGCAAGCCCCCCGUCACCGUGCAGGACCUCCCUGCUGCCAUGCCCAUGGUGCCCUUCUACGCUUUCGCGCACGGCACGCGCUGCGACUGGAGGGGGCCUAUGCUCUCCGGUGCUGAGUUCCGUAGGGCGAAUUCCUGGGCACUACCGCGCAUACUACUGUUCGACGCCACGGCUGCAAAAGACACGGCAGGGCCGCUCUUUGUAAUACCUACCCCUGACCUCAGCGUCACGGCGCGGCAUCGACGAGAGUACCAGCUUCAUGUAGAGGUGGACAAGAAGAAAGGUGAUCGACACGGCAGGGUACCCCUCGUACGAGAGCUACUCCACACUGGGCGCAACAUCGUCGACUAUGCGAUGCCAAAGCUGGGCCCAAACGCAUACGAGACGACGAGCGAGGAUGGCUGGGGCGAGCUGUGGGCGCUUCUGGACAGUUUCGCCGGCACGACCCCGUUCGCCUACCCCGAAGGCUGUCGGCGGGAGCCGCGAGAGUACAGAACGACGCUGAAGCAGCUGCACGAGCGAUGGUGGGAGGAGGAGACCAGGCGUGCGGAAGAUGGUGCCGGGACGUAG